CUUCCAUCAUAAUUACAAUAUCUAUUCUUGUUUUCUUUCUAGAGCUUUCAACAAAAAAAGUUUCCCAAGUUUUCUUUGUUUCAAGUUCAACCUUUUUUACAUUCAUAUCAUUUUCUACUUAUAUCCAACUUUCUUGUAAAACAAAAAAAAACAAAAAAAAAAACAAGAUAAAGUACACUAAACGUACUUGUAAGCAUGUGUAUGGCAUCAGUUUCUGUUUCCACGGCUGAAAAAAAAUCUUUUUUCUCAAGAUUACGCAAUAUGUUCAAUCUCAGAAGAAAAGAAGAGAAGAAUAAGAUGAUGAUAACAACAACAACAACUGCUACUACUAGUGAUCAUCGUCUUUCGAUCAGUAGUAGUGGUAGUAAUAAUGGCGAGUUAGAGAGGAUAUUUACAUACUUUGACGAGGAUGGAGAUGGAAAGGUAUCACCAGCAGAGCUAAGGAGGUGCAUGAAGGCGGUAGGAGGAGAACUGACGGCAGAGGAGGCGGAGAUGGCGGUGAGGCUAUCGGAUUCUGACGGGGAUGGGUUGUUAGGGUUGGAGGAUUUUACAAAGCUAAUGGAAGAAGAGAGGAAUAAGGAGAGUGAAUUGAUUGGAGCAUUUGAAAUGUAUGAAAUGGAAGGGAGUGGAGGCUACAUUACUCCUAAGAGCUUGAAGAGGAUGUUGAGUCGACUUGGUGAGUCAACUUCCAUUGAUAAAUGCAAAGCUAUGAUUAGGAGAUUUGAUAUCAAUGGAGAUGGAGUUCUUAGCUUUGAUGAGUUCAAAACUAUGAUGACAACUUAGGAGAAGAUUUCAAAACCCAAAUAUUGCUCCAUAGUAUAUACUGUAUUAUUUAUGUACAUAAUUAUCUGAUCUUAGUUUUGGUCU